GACCGGUCUUGGCGCUGCCGUAUUUUGCCUGCGCACUCUGUUAGACUGUGUAUCGCUCUGUGCACGAUAGUUCAUGCAUGUGAUAGUGUGUUCUUCAAGUGACAUGUUGCACUACGCAACAAUGACAUCCCCCAGCCCAAAUUAAUCAUGUGGUUUGAAUCUCAGAAUUGUGCCAUGAUGGGUCUGCAGGCGACUACAGGGAAACGCAAGUUAGAAGCGGCGACAGCUCCAGGAGACUCCUCCCCUCCAAAGUCCGGUCGAUGGGAGGCGGACGAUUGCAUAGCGCGACUUCAAGCCGUGGCUGUACCCAGCGACACUUGGAGGUCCCCCACGCCGUCGCUGGCGGCGACGCUGCUCUCCAGCAGCGACGAUUACGAGGACGACGACGAGUUCGACGACGAACUGUCGGACGACGGCAUCCCCGAACCGGCGAGGUUCAGCCAGCCCUUCAACCGCUACCAGUCGGAGUACUGGCAGUACUACCAGCCCCCGCAGCAGCAGACGAUUCGCUGCGAGGAGAACGGAAAAUCGUACCUGGAACUCGGUGCUUCCCCGCCCAUGCGGACGCGGUGCUGUGAUGGCCGGACGCGGUGGUGCCACGUGCCCUGCUACAGGCAGCGGCGGCUCGCCGUCCUCAACCUCUCCAUGUGCAAGCUGGCGAGGUACCGGCAGUGCUCCGACCCCUCCUUGCGCCGCUCGGUGCUCAUCUGCAACACCCUCAGGAGGCUCGAGCGCGAGAUGGAGAUGGAGCCCCCGGAGCCGAGCUACGCGCUGCCGGAGCUGUCGCCGCCGAGCAGACCUUCCCCCGUGCCUGAGCCCAGCUACGAGCAGAGUUUGCGAGAGAUGACGUGCUCGUCGGGGCGCGCCACCCCCUUCCCGUCCGCCGCCCCCGACACGGACUCGGGCCUGGGGGACGACGAGAUGACGCGGCCCAUCAACUGGGGCUCCGUGCUCAGCCUAACGUCCCAAACGGAUCUAGAAUCGCUGAACAACAACGAGUUGUACGCGGAGCUGGGGCUGUCGAGUGAUCCCCCCGAAUGGAAGGAGCCGUCGACGUCGCGACCCGACAACGAAUGGGACGGCUUCAUGCACGUGCUGGUCGGAGGUACGUAGCAGAAUGUUGGUGCUUCCGCUUUCCUCAGGUUGUGAUCACUUAGUUAAAGACAUCAGUGCAGUGCAGGAAUUGUGCAGCUAUUGUUGACUGUUUUUAUUUUUAUAUUCUAUUUAGCGAUUGGACUGAGGUACUUAGCAAGUCGGAAGUCUUGGACUUCCCACUAGACUUAUCGCAACGGAUUGAUCUCCAUCGCUCAAUUAACUUAACUAAGCUCAAGACAUGAGUUUUAUUUGUUUAUUGAUAUUAUUUCGUGUUACUGACCCGCCAGGGCAUUCCUCUGUAAAUAGGUUUGUAAUAUAUUGUGCAUAAUGUAAAUAAGAGAAGAUUUCUAACUAGGUCUAUAUUUGUAAAUACUUCUAUGUUAUACAUAUAUUUUAAAUGAUGUGUGAAUUUAUUAAUUAAAUUGGCAAUAUGGUUCUACACGUAACAAAUAACUCCCAGGCUGAAGCCACAGCGAACAACCUUCCUAAGUAUUUCGUUCAUUUUAUUGACUGAUUCGCGCGCAAAACGAGUAAAUUUACAACUAAUAGUUCAAAACUAUGCCCAAUGUUCCUUUCUUCAAUUUUAAAGUUACCGUAGAAGUUAGAAUUGUAUUUUUUUACCCAACGUUUAAUGUCAAACCUGUUUUUCUGUCGAUGUUUCUAUAAAUGUAGAUUUUAAUGUAACAAAUUUCAACAGCUGGGAGGAUGAAUCUAGUCCAUCAUUGGCCAUUAUCAAGAAGAAUUAAUUGUGAGCCAGUAUUACUAAAUAUUAAAAAGCUUAAGAAUAAAGUUGAUAACUUAAAAUACUUGUUCAAACCGUCCCAAAACUUCUUUGAUGAUGGCUACAAUGAGAUGUUUGUAGGUGUACACCAUGUUAUUUAAUAGCUAGUUAAUUCUCUUCUUGGCCUCUUUUCCACCAAUAUCAAUUGGUGAAAAAGACGCUUUUCAGUUUCUUGCCAUGACACUUCAUUUUCAAUUUUUGUAUUUUUUUACUCCGCAUUCACGCUGUGCUCUUUUAAAUCCUGUUCCUUACGACCAUAGAGUAAUAUAUUUUUCUUUCAAUAAAAACGCUCGACUAUAAAAAUGAGAUUACAUAAAACAGUAAGACGACCGAUAAUUUAAUGGAGCACAGUGGUGAAUGGUACAAAUUUUGUGGUGAUAUUUAUUUAUUUAAAAGGUGUUGUAUUAACAUCAGUGAAUUAAAUGAGAAAAUUAGUUUGUAACAAAUAACAAUACAAGGGCACAAUUAAAUAUCGUUAAAUAUUUAAAGUAUUGAAAUAAGAAAUUGUUGUGGUACGAUAACUUAAGUUGUUGAAAUUGCAAUUUUAUUCCACCUCUGUAAAAUAGUAAAAUUGAACCGUGAGGCAAUCAAUAUUAUACAGUUUUAUGAAAAAUAGCUGUGUUUUUUAUUCUAAAAGAAAUUAUAUGUGCACAGAAAUUUAAAUAUUUUGAUAAGAUUGCAAUAAAAGAUUUUUUGAAACAUGUUGUUUCGACGCCUGAAUUUUCUGGACAAAUUGUGCCUUAUUUAAUACCAAAUUUUUAUUUAUUAUUAAGACAACGACAAAUUGUAUUUAUUAAUUCUGCGCAAUUCUCCUGGAAAUUUAGGCCUUUAGGUUUAAGUAAAAGUACUUGUACUUCGUCCCACAUCGACGUGACGUCAAUAAUAAUUACGUACAACACUUGAUUGUGUGCAAGUAACAUGUGAUAUCAUGUAAUAUGUUAGUGUUAAAAAAUAAAUCGGUAUAUAUACAUAUUACCUCA